AUGGCACCACCCGCCGAGAUCACUAUCCCGACAACGUCGCUUCAAACCCCGGCCGAUAAUUCGAAGCCCUACACGCUCUACAAUAUCACAUUGCGCCUCCCUUUACGAACGUUUGUUGUACAGAAGCGUUAUUCCGACUUCACCACAUUACAUCAAACCCUUACCACCUUAGUUGGCGCACCACCGCCCGCCCCUUUACCAGGGAAAUCGUGGUUUAAAUCUACAGUCACCUCUCCCGAACUCACCGAAGACCGCCGUCGUGGCCUCGAAGCUUACCUCCGCGCUAUUGCUGAGUCCCCCGACCGAAGAUGGCGUGACACUCCAGCGUGGCGCACAUUCCUAAACCUCCCGAGUAUGAGCAGCACCGGUAAUAGCGCAGCCAGCGUGAGAGCUGGUUAUGGCAUUCCCAGCCGAGAUGCUGCGAACGCUGCCGCCGCACAGGACCCGGGGACCUGGCUCGAUCUACAUGGAGAAAUGAAGAGAGAUUUUCAAGAGGCGCGGCGGUGUCUAGCAAGAAGGGACAGUGCUAUGGAUAAUUCCGCUGCGCUCGAAGCCGGAUCAGCUGCCAAGAAAGCGCUGGUCAAGGCCGGCAGCCUACUUGCCGUUCUCGGAGAUGGUCUUAGGGUGAUGCAGGACGCGAAAAGGUUGGGCGAUGGCGAGAUUAGACGGCGGAAAGAUUUGCUCGCUGCUGCACGGGUCGAAAGGGAGGACCUGGAGAAGCUGAGCACGGCGGUAUCCGCGGCCGCGAAGGCAUCUCAAAGGGCUAUGCCCUCCGCAGCUGACAAAGCCGCGUUGGUCGGAAAUGGGCCCAAAGGACGUGGCAGGGUUCUCGGCGCCCCGCUGCCCGAGAGCGAGCGUACCCGGGAAUUAGAUAAUGGUGGAGUCGUACAAUUGCAAAGGCAAAUGAUGAAGGAGCAAGACGAAGACGUAGAAGCAUUAGGUAAGAUCAUCCGGAAGCAGCGCGAGAUGGCGGUAGCGAUCAAUCGUGAAGUCGAGGAGCAGACCGAGAUGCUAGAUCACGUCAAUAACCAAACGGAUGUCCUGAGUGGCAAGGUCAACGUCGCUAAGAACCGUACUAAGAAAAUUUCAUGA